UCUAUCUACACUUACUACUACAACGCUAGCUUGUCGCAAUCUCCAAAAUCUCUAGAGAGAGAAAAUUGCUUCACUGUUCUUUACUGUUUCCCUUCUAUCACUACAGCUCUCAACUCAACUUUACAGCUAUACUUUCCAUCUCUCUCUCUCUCCUUUUCCAUGAACUGAAAGCCUGAAAUGAGCUCCCACCGCUGCUUCACAGAUCGAAUCUAACUCUGUCCAGGGAGCUAAAAUAUCUUUGUAAAGUGGCUUCUCUUUUGUAUCAUCAAGUUUUUAACUGUAUGUCCACGGGAGCAAUCACUCAGCCUGUUGCCUCAAAUGAUUUGCAAUAAUCCUAUGCUUGACCAGUGCCAAAAUGGGCAGAUUUUGUCUGAAUUCUGGGCAGCCAUUGCUUUUAUACACCCUGUUACUCUGCAUUUUGGUAGAAGUGCAACCUCUUAGUCCUGAUGGUCAAGCACUUGUUAACUUUAAAACAGCACUAAUUAGUUCAGAUGAUGUUCUUCACCAGUGGAGACCUGAAGAUCCUGACCCAUGUAGGUGGAAAGGAGUAAAAUGUGACCCCAAAUCAAAGCGAGUUACAUCCUUGAGCCUACCUAAUCACAAGUUGAGUGGACCUAUAUCACCAGACAUCGGGAAACUACAACAGUUGCAAUUCUUAUCACUUCAUGACAACAACUUUUAUGGGGAAAUACCUUCUCAGUUGGAAAACUGUACAAUGCUGAAGUCUUUGUUUUUGCAGGGUAAUUAUUUGAGUGGACUGAUUCCUGAUCAACUGGGAAACUUUCUUGAUCUUGAAAAUAUGGAUCUCUCUAGUAACUCUCUCAGUGGAAAUGUUCCGCAAUCACUUGGGAAGUUAGACAAACUCAUAUCAUUCAAUGUGUCAAAUAAUUUCCUGACUGGACAAAUACCUUCUGAUGGUCGUCUUGCCAACUUCCCUAGUGACUCCUUUCUUGGAAAUCGUAAAUUGUGUGGUCAGCAAAUUAAUGCACUCUGCAAAAGUAGUGCUGGAGGUCCUAUGCCAUUUUCCCAGCCUCCUUCUGCCCAAAAUCAAAAUAAGAAAAAAGAUUCAGAGAGAAUGCUUAUAAGUGCUUCAGCCACUGUGGGUGCUUUGCUUUUGGUUGCAUUGAUGUGUUUCUGGGGCUGCUUCCUCUACAAGAGGCUGGGUAAAAAUGAUGGUAGAGGCCUUGCGAUGGAUGUUGGUGCAGGUGCUUCAAUCGUAAUGUUCCAUGGAGAUUUGCCAUACUCUUCAAAGGAUAUUAUAAAGAAGUUGGAGACACUGAAUGAAGAACACAUUAUUGGUUCUGGUGGAUUUGGGAUGGUAUACAAGCUUGCAAUGGAUGAUGGCAAGGUGUUUGCCUUGAAAAGAAUUGUCAAAAUGAAUGAGGGCUUAGAUAGAUUUUUUGAAAGGGAACUUGAAAUUCUUGGAAGCAUUAAACACAGGCACCUGGUAAAUCUGCGAGGAUAUUGCUAUUCUCCAACAUCAAAGUUGUUAAUAUAUGAUUUCUUACCUGGAGGCAGCCUAGACGAAGUUCUGCAUGAGAAAUCUGAGCAAUUGGACUGGGAUACACGAGUAACUAUAAUCAUGGGAGCCGCAAAAGGGCUGGCAUAUUUGCAUCAUGAUUGUUCACCUCGGAUAAUACACCGUGACAUAAAGUCUAGCAACAUCUUGCUUGAUGGUAAUUUUGCAGCAUGUGUAUCUGACUUUGGAUUGGCCAAAUUACUACAAGAUGAGGAGUCUCACAAAACAACAAUUGUAGCAGGCACAUUUGGAUAUUUGGCUCCAGAAUAUAUGCAGAGUGGCAGAGCCACAGAAAAGUCAGAUGUAUACAGUUUUGGGGUUCUGGUGCUUGAAAUAUUAAGUGGAAGUCGUCCAACCGAUGCAUCCUUCAUCGAGAAGGGCCUAAACAUUGUUGGCUGGUUAAAUUUUCUGGUCACUGAGAACAGACCACAGGACAUAGUUGAUCCACUCUGUGAAGGCAUGCAGCAAGAAAGCCUUGAUGCCCUGCUUUCAAUUGCAAUACAAUGCGUCUCUUCUAACCCAGAGGAUCGACCCACUAUGCACAGGGUACUCCAGAAACUUGAAUCUGAAGUCAUGACUCCAUGUCCCAGUGACUUCUAUGACUCAAACUCUGAUUGAAGGAAUAAUGCUAAAAAAAGCAAGGGAGAUAUGCUUCUGCAGCUUCAUUCAACAACAAAAAAAUGCACAUAGCUAAUCACAAGUGUCGAUAUCAAGUUAUCAACCCACAAUCUACAAUCGUCAAUUUCUGCUCUGUUUCAUUGUGUACUCAGAUUUAUGAUCCAUCAAUCUGCAAUCAAGCUUGUUCUUCUUCCACGUGUAUGCAAUGUUCAUUAGGGAUUCAGCAUCUGCAUUAGAAUUUUCAUCUCAUUUCCUACUUCCCUUUUUCUUUCUUUCUAGGCCUUCACUUUUUUCUGCUUUUAAAUUUAUUUGUAUAUGAAAGGAUUGCAUUCCUUCGAACUUGCCCUUUUCUAGAUUAAUAGGAUUUCUGUAAUUAUACUGCAUACGAUACGAUUGCUGGCAUUGCACCAAUUCGUUUUUGAAC